AUGAAAGCUAGCAGGCACACCCUCCACAUUCAAACACUGCAGCACAGCAGCAGCAGCAGCAGCAGCAGCAGCAGCAGCAGCAGCAGCAGCAGCAGCAGCAGCAGCGGCAAGACAGCAGCAGCAGCAGCAGCAGCAGCAGCGGCAAGACAGCAGCAGCAGCAGCAGCAACACAAACAGCAGCAACGGCAGGAACAACAACAAAACAGCAGCAACAACAAGACAAACAGCAACAGCAGCAGCAGCAGCAGCAGAAGCAGCAGCAGCAGCAGCACAAACAGCAGCAGCAGCAGCAGCAGCAGCAAAAGGAGAAGAAUGAGAUUUAGAAGGUAUGCGUAUGGGGCGCAUGCGCUGCAGCAGCAGCAGCAGCAGCAGCGGGGAGAUGGUGGGGGGCUGGAAGCAGCGCUCGGCGCAGCAGAGAAAGGUAGAGACAGCUAG